AUGGCGCAAAACGACCCUUUUUAUCUCCGCUACUACUCCGGUCACUCUGGGCGGUUCGGGCAUGAGUUUCUAGAAUUCGACUUCCGCACCCUAGGCGAUGGUCGCAGCGCCGCCGUUCGAUACGCGAACAACUCCAACUACCGCAAUGAUUCCCUGAUCCGCAAAGAGAUGUGUGUGAGCGCAGCGAUGAUACAGGAGAUCAAGCGUAUCAUCAAAGACAGCGAAAUCCUGAAGGAAGAUGAUUCGAAAUGGCCGCAGAAGAACAAGGAUGGUCGACAAGAAUUGGAGAUCCGAUUGGGCAACGAACACAUUUCAUUCGAGACCGCGAAAAUUGGGUCGUUAGUAGAUGUGACGGAAUCGGCAGAUCCGGAAGGACUGCGUGUGUUCUACUACCUCGUCCAGGAUCUCAAGGCUCUCAUUUUCUCCCUCAUCUCCCUUCACUUCAAGAUCAAGCCUAUCUAA